AUGGUCGGCCCGAUGACGAUGACGAAGGUCCCCAAGACGAGGGCGGACUCCAAGUACAACGACCAGCCCGGGACGGGGCGCACGGGGAUGUACCGCAUCCCGCCGAACAACUACGACUUCUACACCGAGGACGAGAAGUGCGUCCGUCGCCUCCGCCUCCGCCCCGCCUCGCGCGCGACCCGUCCGCGGACGUCCUCCCCGCGGCGCGCAUCGCGCGCUUCCGCCGCCGCGUCCGCCGCCCGCGACGCGCGAGCGAUCGUCGCGAGUCGCCGCCGCGUCGCCACCGCGUCGCCGCGGGCGCGUCGAAGGGAACGUCGCGCCUCUUCGACUUCCUCCCCUCGUCGCGUCGACGUUGGUUUUUUUUUUCUCAAGUCUCUCUCGCUCGCGCCGCCGCCGCCGACUCCACCCUUCCCCAGGUACAAGCCCCAGCGCACGGCGGGCGGCGGGAUCCUGUCCGAGUGGGAACCGAUCUACCAACCGUCCACGGUCAAAGCGGACGCUGGCCGCCUCGACGCGUUCGGUAGGCUCGAUCUGGACAAGAUAAAGGAGAACCGCGACAGGUCGUUUUGCGAAAAGAUGCGCGAAAAGUACCCCGAGUCGCCGGAGACGCCGCACAUGAAAAUCCUCGUGACGUCCGAGCUCCACAGAGACGAAGAGUACGGCGGCCCGUUCUGGCUGACGAUCCCUUUCAAGGUUCGCGUGCACGAGCUGCGCAUGAUGAUCGCGGAGCACUGCGGCGUGAUGCCCGGCUUGCAGAGGCUCAAGUUCGCGGCGAAGGACUUCGACGACCCGGAGAGAAACCUCGAGCACAUGGGCGUGAAGUACUGGCACGGGAAGUUCCCGGACUGGCCGAUCGUCAUGAAGCGGUUCUGA